GUGAGCGUUUCGCCGGACCCAAGAACGUUUCUGGAUCGAUAGCAAGCGUGCGAAAAUGAAAGUCACCAUCGUGCUCACCGUAGUGGCCGUGCUCGGGUUCAGCUGUUUGGCGGUGGCCCAGAACCACAGCUACUUCUUCGGGGCCCGAAAGCCAUACGAUACGCUCGUCAAUGCGACAACCUACAUCAGGCCGGGCAAAUUUCUGCGAGUGACGACCGCCAACCUGGAGUACCCGCUGAAAGGGCAGCGUGGCCGCAACAUUACCGCCAUCUACGUGUACGAUCGGCUCGGUGGUGGCCGCGGCGGAUACGCCAACAUUGUGUGGGGUGGCAUUGGCAAGAACUACACGCGCGUCCACCUGAAGAGCCAACGCGGACUCGGCAUGAACUUCCAGGUGGAAAUCUACGGCCAGUAGUCGGAACCAGGCGUGCAGUUGUUGGGCAGUUGGGCGGAAAACGAAAUAUACAUAAAAUGCAAGUGCUUGGAACUUGAAAUGGCCGUCACUUGUGUUCACUAAAAUGUCGUGAGAAAGAGACAUUGGCCCCGGCGGGUGGGCGUGCUAGAGAUGUCGGUUUUAUCAGACUUCUGUUUAGUUCGUCAAGUUGUUUGCUGAUUCUGAUUCGACCGCGGAACCGUUUAUCAGCACCGUAGCGCCAGCGAUGCGCGCUUCAAGGUGGAGGUCGUGGUUGGUGGCCCGCGAUCGCGAGGAGUUGAUAAAAGGCGUGUGACCAUUAAGAAAAUUACAAAUCGGGCACCUCGGCCAAACACAAGCGAACUGAAUAAACAUCAGCACGGCUGCCGGCGAGU